ACGGUGGUAAACGUGUGACGUCAUAUCUAAGCGACGCUCCGCCGCCGACGUCUGAAGGAGAAAGAAUAAAGAAUAAAGAUGUUUUAAUGGUCGUUUCUGCUCCGCUCUGAAACGCAGCAGGAACCCGGAAACAGGCCACCCGACGUCUGACGUCACCCAGGGCAGCAGAAAGUUUCGGGGUCAGAAACUCUCUUUAAUUCGAGGUCCUGUCUUGUCAUAUUUCAGGAGGAGGGGGGGGUCACCAUGCUGAGCGUGGGGGGGGCGGUGAGGUCAGGCGGCAUGCAGCUCCCUGUACGAGGAGUCUGUUCUGCUGCAUUCAACAGGAAGUCACCUCCACCCGGCCACAGCAUCACAAUACCUGCAGUCAAAUUAUCCUUAAGGACGCUGUCGGGAGCCAGGAGGCUUUCAGGGGUCGAGUCGCUGUCGGGGGUCAGGAGGCUUUCAGGGGUCGAGUCGCUCUUGGGAGCCAGGAGGCUUUCAGGGGUCGAGUCGCUCUUGGGAGCCAGGAGGCUUUCAGGGGUCGAGUCGCUCUUGGGAGCCAGGAGGCUUUCAGGGGUCGAGUCGCUGUCGGGGGUCAGGAGGCUUUCGGGCGGCGCAGGUGCAGCCGGCUGGUACAGCAGCCUCUCUGACUCGGCUCCGGUUCACCUGUGCGAACACUUCCUGGUGAGCGUGCAGCAGGUGAGCGGGCUGCCUUGGUGGCUGAGCAUCGUCGUUGCUACGCUGUCGGUCCGGACGCUCGUCACUCUGCCGCUCGCCACCUACCAGAUGGUCAUCAUUGCCAGGGUGGAGGUGCUGCAGGCGGAGAUCUCGGAGCUGGCGAAGAGGCUUCGAUACGAAGUCUCGUUCCGAGCGAAAGAGAUCGGCUGGACGGAGAAACGAAGCCGGUUCCAAUUCAAGAAGAAUCUGCGUCGAAUAGUUUCUCAGCUCUACAUCAGAGACAACUGUCACCCCUUCAAAGCCAGCAUUCUGGUCUGGGUUCAGCUGCCCCUCUGGAUCAGCCUUUCUCUGGCCCUCCGAAACCUCAGUCUGGAUCAGUCAGCUCUGCAGUCGGGUCUGGCAGCAGGAGGCACCCUGUGGUUCCCUGACCUCACCUCACCUGACCUCACCUGGAUCCUCCCGGUCUGUCUGGGACUCACCAACCUGCUCAUCGUAGAGGUGUUUGCUCUUCAGAGGGUCAACCCGUCUCGUUUUCAGAGGGUCGUGACGAACUCCAUCAGAGCGUUCUCGGUGUUGAUGAUUCCCAUCGCCGCUUCGGUUCCAUCGUCCAUGGCUCUUUACUGGUUUACCUCCAGUCUGGUGGGAUUCAGUCACAACCUCAUCCUUCGUUCUCCCGCGAUCCACAAAAUCCUGAACCUCCAAACGGUCCGAUCAGAAUCUCCAUACCGAGACCUUCUGUCUGCCUUCAUCAGCAAAUACUAUAAAUAAACUACUGAGAGUACACGUCGGGUACUUCAUGGACCAGAGACCUGCGAGUACACGUCGGGUACUUCAUGGACCAGAGACCUGCGAGUACACGUCGGGUACUUCAUGGACCAGAGACCUGCGAGUACACGUCGGGUACUUCAUGGACCAGAGACCUGCGAGUACACGUCGGGUACUUCAUGGACCAGAGACCUGCGAGUACACGUCGGGUACUUCACGGACCAGAGACCUGCUUCAUGUCUUCCUCUCUUAUAUUUUGAUGUUCUGACUGUUCAAAGAAGAUCUGAUAAACGUUGAUUAAGUCCU